UCGCCGGCUUGCCUCGUUCGCGCAUACAAGUCUGACUCUGGUCUGAGGUUUUGAUUGAAGGCCAACGAAUUGUACGAAAUUGUCUGAUUAGCUUGAGUCAGGCCAUCGGUUCAGCCCACAGACUGAUUUUUAGCUCAAACAAAACAGAUUUUGUUUUCUUUCUUUCUUAAAAACACAAAAAACAAUCAAGGCUAUCAGCAAAAGCUACUAAAAAUCCAGAGACGAGGUUAUCGCUAUGAGAUCGAGAAACCAGUUUUUUAUAGUCACUUUGAGUGCACUUUUCGCCAUUUUCAAUGUUGAAUGUGCCCCUCAAGCUGGCUCGAUUGCGGAUAAGAAUAUAAAAGAUAUAUUUAACACUAAUCCCAGUGUACCAACGCCCAGUGGUGGAAUAGGUAAAAUAGUACAACCCGAUACAGGAGGACCAAGUAUAAUUGGUUCGAUUAGUGGCAAAUCGAAUAACUGCCAAUGUGUCGUGUACUAUAUGUGCGAUCCAUCGACAAAUAGUGUUACGGAACCGGAAACAUUUGAUGGCUUUGGCGAAAUAGAUAUACGUUUUGGCAACGAUGAUCCAGUUUGCGAACUCUCAGUGGAGAAGUGCUGUGCUCUGAAUAGGACUCUAACUGAGGUACUCAAUCCCAAGCCAUUGGAACAACGUCCCAAUCGGCCAACUGGCUGUGGCAUUCGUAAUGUGAAUGGUUUGGACUUUACACUUGGAUCGACCACAGAUGAUAAAUCUGGAUUUGGCGAGUUCCCAUGGACCAUUGCCCUGUUGAGAUCAGGAAAUGCCACCUAUUUCUGUGCUGGUUCCCUCAUACAUCCCCAGGUGGUCAUGACCGCGGUGCACUGUGUCAUUGGCCAGCAACCAGGAAGCUUUGUGGCUCGUGCCGGUGAAUGGGAUUCGCAGACAACAAAAGAGCGUCUGCCCUACCAGGAGCAAUCUGUGCAGCGCAUCAUUACGCAUCCAAACUACAAGAGCAGGAAUGUGGCCAACGACUUUGCUCUGUUGAUUCUCAGCCAGCCAUUCAUCUUGGGCGAUCACAUCAAUGUGGUCUGUUUGCCUCAGCAAAACGCAAGUCCAGCACCGGGCACAUCGUGCUUCUCAUCGGGUUGGGGCAAGGAUGUGUUUGGCGCAUCGGGAAAAUACAGUGCAAUCAUGAAACGUGUACCGUUGCCUGUUGUUGAUUUCGAUACCUGUCAACAUCAAUUCCGUGGCACUCGUCUAGGACCGAAAUUCGCUCUGGAUCGGUCGUUCAUGUGUGCGGGUGGACAGCGUGGCGUGGAUACCUGCCAGGGUGAUGGCGGUGCUCCACUUGCUUGUCCCAUCGGUAUUCCGUCCGAGAAUCGAUAUCAACUAAGCGGCAUGGUGGCUUGGGGUAUCGGUUGCAAUGAUGAUGUACCCGCAGCCUAUGCCAAUGUGGCUUUGGCUCGCAGUUGGAUCGAUGAUCGAUUGCUAGAAAAUGGUCUCGCCAUAUCUGACUAUGCGGUUUAAUAGCCAAGCCGCCGGACUGUAUAAUCAUAUGAAAGUAAAUAUCGAAAUAAAGUAUAUUUUUAUUUAAUUCAAAAAUA